AUGUUGCAUUUAUGUUCUGUAGCUUUAAUUGUUUUCCUUUCCCACAUUGGAAGUUUUGUACCUGCCUAUGAUCCUCCAAAGGUUUUGGUUUGCACUCACUUGACUGAGAUAUUUAAUGAUAGUUGCAUACAAGAGUCUGAUAACAUUAAGUAUUACACCAUGAGUGUCCUACGACCUGACGAUGGUACAGAUAUUGAAGAUAUUGUAUUUCUAUAUAGGCUUGUUCCUGGACAUGCACUUCUUAGCUAUGGGCUGCAUUGUGCACUACUUGCUGGUGUCCCAGAGGAAGUUAUAAAGAGAGCAGCGUCUUUACUGAAUGCUAUUGGAAAUAAUAAUCAUGUUGACCGACUGUGCAAUGAUAAAAUAUCAGCUCAAGAUCGACAAUACAAGGAUACAAUCGACAAAAUGUUAUCAUUUGAUGCUUGUAAUGGCGAUCUGAACCUCUUCUUCCAAGAUAUCUUUCCUUCUUAGAUUCAUAAAAACUUAUUUUCGAAGAAAC